AAGACGUCACUUCGUUUGUUCAAAAGAACACUUUACAUUGGCGCGCGACUGACAGCUGUCAGGUCAUGAACACUGCUGACAACUACAGUUAGCUGGCAGUUACAGCAAGUUAGCCGUUUAACGCUAGCUAACUUAGAACGGGGCGUUGGUUUAAGAUCAUCACCGCUAACAAGCAAAACGUUUAAUCACUUUUGUUAUCACUGUGUGUACUUUUAUAUAUUUUAACAGGUAUAGUCGUUAUCUCUCAGACAGUUGAAUUCCCCCCUCUUCCCCUCCCAGUAUGGCUGCAGACUCGAUGGAGAUUGACGACUCUCUUUACAGCCGCCAGCGAUAUGUGCUGGGAGACAGUGCUAUGCAUCAGAUGGCCCAGUCCUCAGUCUUUCUCAGUGGGAUGGGAGGGCUGGGGAUUGAGAUAGCAAAGAAUAUUGUCCUGGCUGGAGUAAAGGCAGUCACCCUUCAUGACACAAAGCAGUGUGAGACCUGGGAUCUUGGCUCCAACUUCUUUAUCCGCACAGAGGAUGUGUUGAGCCAGAGGAGGAGAGUCGAGGCAGUGUGCCCUCGGGUUGCAGAGUUGAACCCUUAUGUCCAUGUUGACAUGUCUUCCUCUGCCCUGGACGAGAACACUGAUCUUAGCUUUCUCAGAAAGUAUCAGUGUGUGAUUCUGACUGAAGCCAGACUGAACUUACAGAAGAGAGUGAAUGAGUUCUGUCACUCACAACAACCCCCCAUCAGAUUCAUUGGCUGCGAUGCAUAUGGCAUCUGUGUGCGGGUGUUUUGUGAUUUUGGAGAUGAGUUUGAGGUGUCAGAUCCCACAGGAGAGGAGCCCAAGGAGAUUUUCAUCCAAACAAUCACCCAGGACAAUCCUAGCGUGGUAACCUGCAUGGACAACCAACCACAUGGCCUACAGACAGGCCAGAGUGUUGUCUUCAGAGAGGUCAAUGGCAUGGUGGAACUCAACGGCACUGUGCGGCAGGUUUCAGUCCUCUCCCCUCACAGUUUUGCAAUAGGAGACACGUCCCAACUACAACCAUAUGCACAUGGAGGUUUCUUUGUUCUGUUGAAAACUCCCAAGACAUUCAGAUUUGAGACAAUAGAGAGGCAGCUGUGUGAUCCACAGGUCCUGACUCCAGACUUCAGUAAACCAGAGGCCCCGCUACAGAUCCAUGCAGCCAUGCUGGCUCUUGACUCCUUCCAGGAGCAGCACAGUAGACUUCCCAACAUUGGGUGUUUACAGGAUGCUGAGGUUUUGCUGAAGCUAACCGAAGACGUGAAUGCAACUCUCAGGAACAAAGCUUCUGUGAAUGCUGAGUUGGUGCGCUGUCUGUCGAGAACAGCGAGGGGAACUCUUCCUGCGUUAGCAGCAGCUGUAGGAGGUCUUGCCAGCCAGGAAGUUCUGAAGGCCAUCACAGGGAAGUUUGCACCACUGCAGCAAUGGUUUUAUCUUGAUGCCAUUGAGGUAGUCAGGCCACUACAGUCCGUUUCUGCUGAGGAGUUUUUCCCAAGGGGGGAUCGGUAUGAUGGACUACGAGCUUGCAUUGGUGAAUCAAUGUGUCUACAACUGCACAAGCUCAGGGUCUUCAUGGUGGGCUGUGGUGCCAUUGGCUGUGAGAUGCUGAAAAACUUUGCCAUGCUUGGAGUGGGGUUGGCCAAGAACUCAGGAGAGGUAUGCAUCACAGACCCAGACCUUAUAGAAAAGUCCAACCUCAAUCGUCAGUUUCUCUUCAGACCACAUCAUAUACAGAAACCGAAGAGCACCACUGCAGCAGAAUCCACUCGCGAUAUCAACCCUGACCUGCAGGUAGAUGCUCACCUCAACAAGGUGUGUCCGGCUACGGAGAGCAUCUACAGUGAUUCCUUCUACUCUCGCCUAAACCUAGUGGUCACCGCGCUGGACAACGUUGAGGCUCGGAGAUAUGUAGAUAGCCGCUGUGUGUCCAAUCAGAGAGCUCUCAUGGACUCUGGCACCAUGGGAACUAAAGGACACACAGAAAUCAUUGUGCCAAAUUUAACAGAGUCCUACAAUAGCCAUAGGGACCCCCCAGAAGAGGAGAUCCCAUUCUGUACUCUGAAGUCUUUCCCUUCAGUCAUAGAGCACACCAUUCAAUGGGCUCGAGACAAGUUUGAGAAUGCGUUUGUCCACAAGCCCUCCAUGUACAACUCGUUCUGGCAAACCCACUCCUCGGCUGAAGUGGUGUUACAGAGGAUGCAGACGGGGGAAAGUCUGGAGGGGUCAUUCCAGGUCAUUAAGCUGCUGAGCAGACGACCUAGCCAAUGGGAGCAGUGCAUUACUAUUGCCCGUCUGAAAUUCGAAAAGUAUUUCAAGAGAAAGGCCCUACAACUCCUGCACUCUUUCCCCCUGGAUACAAGGUUAAAAGAUGGAAGUUUGUUUUGGCAGUCCCCAAAAAGAACUCCAGCACCUUUGGAUUUUGACUUGAAAGACUCUUUGCACUUCACUUUCAUUGUCAGCACUGCCCGGCUCUUUGCAGAGAUAUAUAACAUCCCUUACUCAGAAAAGGAUAUCUCUGAAGAGGCGGUGACCAGGAUUCUAUCAGAUGUCCAUAUUCCUGAAUACAGGCCUUCAGAGAAAUGUAUAGAGACAGAUGAAACCGCAAAGAAGCCUGAUCAGAUAAAGAUGCCUCUGAGCAGUGAAGAGGAGAGGGAGGCCAUCACACAGCUGGAGGAAGCCAUUGCUACUGACAGUGUCACAACAGAGAGGUUACAGUUGAGUCCACUGCAGUUCGAAAAGGACGAUGACAGCAACGGCCACAUGGACUUUGUCGCAUCAGCAUCUGCUCUCAGAGCCAGGAUGUACUCCAUCGAACCAGCUGACAGACUCAAGACCAAACGCAUCGCCGGCAAGAUCAUCCCUGCUAUUGCCACGGCAACAGCUGCUGUGGCUGGUUUGGUGGCCCUUGAGUUGAUCAAGGUGGUUGGAGCCUACGAGUUUGAAUCAUACAAGAACUGCUUCUUUAACUUGGCCAUCCCUGUCAUGGUGCUGACUGAACCUGCUGUGGUUAAAAGGACACUCAUCAGGGAUAACAUCUACUUCUCCAUCUGGGACUGUUGGACUAUCUUUGGCCAUGAGGACUUCACUCUUUCUGACUUCAUGAAUGCAGUGAGGGAAAAGUAUGGAAUUGAACCGACUAUGGUCGUUCAUGGUGUGAAGAUGCUUUAUGUGCCUGUGAUGCCUGGACACUCAAAGAGACUCAAACUAACGAUGCAGAAGCUGAUCAAGCCAUCAGUGGACCGCCGCUACGUUGACCUCACCGUGUCAUUUGCUCCAGAGGCAGACGGAGACGAUGACCUCCCUGGUCCUCCAGUCAGGUACUACUUCAGCCGCAAUGGAGAGAUGCCCUGACACCUUCCUAGAUGUUGUCCUCAAACCUCUUGUGUCCUUACUUCCCUUCUUUCAUGUAAAUUGUUGUACCCCAAUAACCCUGUACUUCAUGGAGCAAGAAAAGGCCAGUCCUGGUCCCAGUUAUCCUUGCCCCAGAUCAAGCCAGUGGAACACGAGGCUGCUUGAGUAGCACUUACCUGUACCUGUGUACAUAUAUUUUCUCUGUUCUGUUUUCUACUCUGUUGAAAUGCACAGCUCCACCUGUGCCGAUGCCUUAAUUAAUUAAUAACCUUUUUCUGUUUGUGGCAGUGAGUCUGACUAAAAACUCUGUUUACAGAAACCUGCAUACUCCCAACACUCCCAUUAGCCUUCUGUUUCAAGUCUGCUAGGCCCUAAAAGGGGGUGGUGGUAGGACCAUUGGGGCUGUGAAGUCGAUUUUCAGUUGGUAGGCAUCACACCUUCUUACUCAGAGUCCUCUCAAUGGCUUUGAAAUGUAUUGCCAACCACAGAAUUUGCCAGUUGUUGGUCAUCUCCCCUUGUAGAAAAAGGUCAAGCCCAUAUUUGUUGUGUAAUUUAGAGGUGCAAAAGGUCAGUGGACAAUGGCAAAAACCACCAAAGAUACUGAUUAUCAUUGUGUCUGCAGAUGAUUUUUCUCUUUUAUGAUCACUUUGACUGCCUCAUAAAAACACGUUGAUAUCACAGGAGAUGGGCAUUACCCAAACAUUAAAGAGCAACAAACGCCAGCAGCGUCUUCAUCACAGGUUGAUGCACGUCAACUCUUUGGGAUAUAUCACUAUCCUAUUGAUUGCUGCUUCACAUAAGCAGCAAUUUUAUCUCAUUGCUCCCCAGUCAAUUGAUGUGCAUCAGAUGACGCAGCAGAUGCGUGUUGCACUUACCACUUUGGGUAAAACCACCUACUCAUUGUAGCUGCUAGUCGUACCUGUCUUGUUAAAUACUUAAGAAAUGACAGUAUUGACACCAGUUAACACCUCUGGGUAAAUAGUAUGUUCUUCAUUAAUGGCACGAGUUCAACUCACACACAAAGACUUUUUUUGACUAUAAACAUCUGGAAUCAUAGUAAAACACCUUUUUUUUUAAAAAAAGUCUUUGCUGUUCAUGAUUUAUUUGUUGUAUUUGUUAAUGGAUGUGUGUCUAUGACUUGUAUUUAUUUACUUGUUACUCAUUUUUGUCACUUUUUUGUGUCAAACUGAGCCUGUGUUGAUGAGCUCUGUUGAGUCAUGGUGCACUGGUUAAAUAUGAAUCAGCAAUGAACAAAAGUCAUCCUAAAGGGGUUUUUCCAGGGGUGUAAAUUCAUUCUGUUUAGUUCCAGUUGAAGGUUGUGAAAAGGGUCUUUGGGCUUACAUUGCCAAUAUUAUCAAUGCAAUUUUGAAUGGAAUCGUUAGAAAAUGUAGUGAAAUCCACCUGACAGUCCACCUGCAGUGCACGAACAUCGAUCUUCAAAACCAAGACUUAAGUCACGCAAAUGUUUCCUGGACCACAUUCAUUUUUCUCCCCAUAACCAGAGGUGGUGAAUUCCGCUUUGCACAGAAAAUGUCUAUCAUAGUGACAACACUUCUUGUGCAGUGAAUGUCAUAAGUGUAAAAUAAAACAAAGCAGUGUUAAUGAGUGACAACGAUAAUGAUGUAUGUUCUUGUGACAGACAACCAAUCAACCAAUGGUCUAAUAAAAUGUGAGAUUUCAGGAUGUCCUCUCAAUAAAGCUGCUCUGUGUCUUUGUUUCACAUGCACCGCAGUAGAGCUGAAACAAUGAGUUGACUGACAGAAAACUAAUCAGCAACUGCUUUGACAAUCAGUUCAUCAUUUCAGUCAUUUAUUCCAGCAAAAAUGUUAAACAUUCUUCAGUUCCAGCUUCUCACAUGAGGGGAAUUGCUGCAUUUCCUUGUCAUAUAUAAUUGUAAACUGAAUGUCUUAGGGU